GCCCUGGGACCUGCUGGUUUCACCGCCUGCCACGCAGAAGCAGGGAUCUGCUGGUGUCACCGCCUGCCCCACGGUCCCCAGACAUCAGCCCCGCGGCCACCCGGGACCCACGGCCCCAGGACUGCUGUGGGGACCAUGCUGAUCCUGACGUGCCCGGUGCAGCUGCAGCGCCUGGAGGGGGCCCUGCGGAGGAGCCUGCCCCUCGCCCUGCCGGUCCACGGGGCCGUGAUGAACAUAAAUCGGGGGAACCCGGGGGAGUUGGAAGUCGUGGUGGACUCGUGGCCCCACUUCGGCGCCGUGCUGGCGCGGCGCAGCGGAGAGAUGCCGGUGGAUGACUGCUACCGGAACAUGCACGCGGCUUUCUACCGGGAUGUGGGUGCCUACCGGGCGCUGCUGGAGACCCCCGGCUGCCUGCGCUGGGACACCGCCUUCCACAUCUUCGGGCUGCAGGAGGGGGUGGCCACGGUGUCGCAGGCCAUUGCGGGGACCAAGAACAUCGAGCUGGAGGUGUCCGAGUACUACACCUACCUGCACCCCGACCCCAGCACCCUGCCCGAGCCCCGGCUGGACCCCAACGUGCGGGUGGGCUCGCUGAGCCCGGCACACGUGGAUCUGCUGAACGAGACGUGGACAUACGGGGGCAACGCGCGCAGCCGGCGGUACCUGGCGGAGGUGCUGGGGCGCUUCCCCAACCUCUGCCUGCAGGAUGGGGCCGGGCAGCCCCUCUGCUGGGCCCUGACCGACCCCUUCGGCACCGGGACCCACGGCUACACCCUGCCCGCCCACCGCCGGCGGGGCCACAUGCGAACGGUGCUGACCCUAGCUGCUCGCCGGGCGCAGGCCCGUGGCUUCCCCGCCUUCGGGCACACGGCCACGGGCAACCGGCCCAUGCAGCGGCUGCAGGAGGAGCUGGGCCACCAGCGACUGCCUGGGCUUUGCCACUUCAUCCUGCACAACCCUGGCCUGGGCAGGGCCGGACCCUGAGCCCCCUGCCCAGUUCCUGCCCAGGAAAGGGCUGUGGGGCAAGGAAGAACAACCAAUCCAGAUCAAAAAGCAUUGUGGACUCUC